GACCACGCGGACUCGGCGGCUCGGCGCUUCGCCCUCGACACGCGCGGGUGGUGCCUCCAGGAGACGGUGCUGCCGCGGCGCCGGCUGGUCUUCGACGGCUGCGAGAUGUCAUGGCACUGCCUCGAGUGCGCGCUGUGCGAGUGUGGCCACCUGGACGAGGACGUGUCUUUGGGGGGCGGCGAUGGCGAGGAAGACACGCAGCAGCGGCUGUUUCGCAGCGUGGCCGACCGGCAGGUGGCGAAUCUGCUGCGAACCGAUGAUGGCGGGCGGCGCCGCAAGAAGACGGUGGCGGCUGACUCCGAUUUCCACUACCAGUGGACCGACAUGGUGACGCAGUACUCGCGGCGGUUCCUGACCAAAUCGGGCGACAAGCUGGUGGCCAUCUCGGGGCUGGCCAAGACGUUUGGGAGAGCGAUCGAGGCCGGAAAGGGGGAGCGGGGAAGCAGCGAGAGCGACCAGGUCGUCGCCGUGCUCCCGGGAAAGGUCGUCACCGUGCCGAGCCCACCCAUCGCCAUCCCCGAAGGCGGACCAGGAGACUACGUGGCGGGCAUGUGGAGGCGGUCUCUCGUGGCCAGCCUGGCGUGGGUGGUGGAUCUGCACGCUCUGCAGGCGACCGGGCGGCGGGCUCACGCGCGACACGGCGGGUACUGCGCGCCGUCGUGGUCGUGGGCGUCGGUGGACGGGCCCGUCAUGUUCAACCUGCUGGAGAUGGCCGUGUCGCAGACGCAGUGGAGCGACGCUGACUACAUCGGCUGCGACGUUGUGGUGCGCGAGGUGGUGUGCCUUCCGGCCGACGCGGCCAACGUGCACGGCGCACUCUGGGCGGGCCAUAUCGUGGCGACGGGCCCCGUGGUGGCAGUGGAGCUGGCCGUGGUGCCCAUGACGUACGAGGGCAAGGGCAAGGGGGACCGCGACACGGACCUGGACGACUUCCUCCGGCUCGGCGGCGUCGGCGGCAGGUGCCCGUGCCGGGUGCGCACCGAAGGCAUGCAGUCGUUCAGCGUGCUGCUUGACGUGGAGCAGCCGCAGCACGUGGGUUACGACAAACGCGGGUGCUGGUUCGAGGGCCGCUGCCUGUGCGGCGACGGCGAGGCCUGCCGCUACGACAGGAACUCGCGCUACGCGUGCCUGCGGCUGCUUUCGUACAGGGCCGAGGCCAGAAUCUCCGGCGGGCCCGAGUACGAGGUGGUCUUGUUCCUGGUGCUGCGGCGGGUGCGAGACGAGUCGUCGCCACUCUCAGACGUUGAUGUCGACACAUACGAACGUGUCGGACUGGGAACGUGGGCAACCCACUAUUCAAGACAGAAGCCAUUCACGCUGUUCUCGCACGGGCAGUCUAAGACGAUCAAGCUCAUAUAGUUAAUUAUAAGCAAAAGCCCGCCCAUUUCGUCGAGUCAAACCUGAUGACCGUCAACUUCGCACACACAACACAAAGAUGAUGGUACACGUGUAAACAUGGAGACCACAAUCAGAACGUGUGUAAACUCGCCAUGCACUCAAUCCGUAUGUAACUUAAAUUCUCCUCAAUCGAGAAUGUUCAAUAAUUCAAUAACCUCUUCCCAUACCCGCACGCUGAAAGAGGGAAAAAAGAAGAUGUGUCGGGAACACCCCCGAUGCCAGGCAGAACACCGAGCCACGGAAGCGACCAAGCUGUGCAGUGCUCCGAGUCUCCCGGAGGAAACUAUGGCGAGGAAGGAGAGACCCAGUUCGUCUAGCACGUAAAUAUGACCGAUAGAAAGUGGGUGAGCGUUCAAUAUCGGUUGAUUAGUCGUGCAAAA